GGCCCGCUGCGCCCCAGACCAGGGCUCUGCCCCGCUCGGCCGCGGCCUGACACCCGGGGCACGCCUCAAGGAAACGGGGGCGGAGUGGGCGCCCCCUGGUGCAGCCCCAACGCAGCGGCCCCUGGGGGCGAAGCCUCGUGCCCUGGGGGAAGGGGACUGGGGACCCCGGCCCGGCCCGGCCCGGCCGGGGGGGCUGCAGCAUGGAGCCGCCCCCGCAGCCCCGGCGGAGCUCCCCCUUCCCCGGCCGCGCCGGGCAUCCCGCAGGAAGGCGGCGCAGCCAAUCCGGGCCGGGCGGCGCGGCCCCGGGGGCGCCAUGAGAUCACUCCCCACAAAGGCAGCGCCGCCCGCCACCGCCACCGCCUUUCCCCUACCCUGCCCUGCCCUGCCCUCCCCGGCCGGGCCGCACCGCACCGCACCGCACCGGGCCCGCGCAGCUGCCCAGAGCGGGGCGCGAGCGGGAGCGGCCGAGCCCGCGGUUCAGAGCAGCUGCUGUGAGAGGGGAGAUUCCUUUUCCCAGAGGGCCUCGCCUUCCUUCGCUGAUGAUUUUUGCUGAAGCAAUGAUGAAGUGCCUGUGGCUUAUACCAGGACUGCUGGUGUUCAGUCUUGCAGGUGCUAUAGAAAUCCAGGUCCCUGAUGACCCUGUGGUUGCCCUCUUUGGACGAGAUGCCACCCUCUGCUGUUCCUUCUCUCCCGAUGCCAACUUCAGCCUGGACAAGCUCAGUCUCAUCUGGCAGUUGACUGACACCAAGCGCCUGGUGCACAGCUUCUCUGGCGGGCAGGAUCAGCUAGCCGACCAGGGUGGAGGAUAUGUCAACCGCACGGCCCUCUUCUAUGACCAGCUGCCCCAGGGCAACGUCUCACUGCUGCUGCGGAGGGUGCAGAUCUCUGACGAGGGCAGUUUCACCUGCUUUGUCAGAGUCCAGGACUACAGCAGCGCAGCUGUGAUGCUGCAGGUGGCUGCUUCGUACUCCAAACCCAAUUUGAAUCUGGAGCCCAACAAGAACCUGAAGCCGGGGGACCUGGUGACAGUGACUUGCCUCACCUUCCGUGGCUACCCGGAGGCUAUUGUCCUCUGGCAGGACGGCCAAGGCAACAACUUCACGGAGAACGUCACCACCUCCCAGGUGGCCAAUGAGGAAGGCCUCUUCGACGUGCAGAGUGUCUUGCGGGUGGUGCUAGAGCCCACCAGCACGUACUCCUGCCUGGUGAGGAACCCUGUGCUGCAGGAAGAGACCCAGGCCUCCGUCACUAUCACAGGCCAACACCUCACAUUCCCUGCUGUGGCCCUGUGGGUGACCAUCGCUCUUGCUAUCUGCCUCCUUGGUUUGCUGGGUGCUUUGGCAUAUGUGUGCCGGAAGAAGAUUCGCCAGAGCUGUAAGGAAGAGGAAGAGAAUGCAGGCAUGGAGGAUCAGGACGAGGACGGAGAAGAACCCAAGACAGCUUUGCAGCCUCUGAAGAGUGCAGAGAACAAAGAAGACAACGAACAAGAAAUUGCCUGACAGGAACUGGAUCUGCUCAAACAACACCUGGUGCCACAGUGUAGCAGGCAGCAUACCUUCAGACUCUCCCAUGGGGAUGUAUGAUAGGGAACACAGGAACUUAUGAACAAUACAUCCCAGCCCUGUCAACCCUCACUACAUAUUCUGCCCGUAGAGACAACAGGUCAUCAUAAACCCAUCCCCUCUCCACCCACAUGUACUUCAUAGACCUGGCUAUGCUACUAGGUUGGUCUCAUUUUUCUGUAGAUGUCAGAUAACUCUUCAUGCCUCACCAGUUUUUCUCUUCCAGGCUUAUGAAGCCCAAAAUCCAGUGGGCCUGCUUCUCUUGAAGGCUCAACAGCACUAGUGCAGAAUGGGUACCCCAUACUCUUAUUCAUGACUGUUCACACACGUUUAGCACUGUGUAAGUGACGGCACAGAUGUAGAGCAAUGGGGAAUCAGGCUUACUGGGGGAGCCUAGGCAGUGACUGGAACCAGGCUUUGGCCUGCAAGGUGUUUUAACUCGUGUUUAUAUUUAAGGAUGUGUUCAAACUCUUUGCUGAGUCAGGUCAGAGUGCCCAGCACCUUUCCUGAAUGGAGCCCCAGUGCCUUAUUUUGGCACCAGAUGUCAAUGUCUUGGCCUUCAUAGUGCAUAAAUAACGCAAGAACCAGUUCUGCUGCUGCUCUCCUGAUACCCCUGAGAACUGCAGCCCUCAGAUCCAUCCUGCCCAGGGAGGUCCUCCAUGCUUGCAACCCCCGGCUUGCCAAAGCCUCUGCUCUUCCCCCUCAUAUCAUCAUGGACCAAGCUCCAGGUUGUCCCCACAUUCCAAAUUCAGCUUUUAAAAAAGCAUGGAAGGGAUGAGAUGUCUUCCAGCGCACCCUAAAUACAGAGACCCUGAGAGUCAUUUUUUCUCCCCCUCCAAUCGGCCUUCCUUUCCAUCAGCCAAAGGGAGUGUGGGGAUAAUGGAACUGUCUGCCCCCAACGUGCCUUUAGGGAUGAGAUUCGGUGGCUCCUUCCCAAAUCUCAAGACCUGAGGAGAUGAAGAGUGGGCCGGACAAGUUCUUUAAAGCUCCAUGGAGACAAAGAAUCCAGAUCCAGGCAGAAGAAGAGAUGGAGACAGGCCCAGCAGGGCCUUGGAGGAUCAAGUGCAUAAGCUGGAAAGUAAACUGUUCAUGCUCGUAGCCCUGGUCAUGACAGAGACACAGCUCCGGAGGUGCAUUAUUACUCAUAAUGUUGUAGCAUGGCAGCCAGCAGUUCUGAUUGUAUUUUCUUCCUUAAAGCAUGUGGGGACAGAUCUGUUUCUGAGAUAACUCCAUUAGGAACAAUGGUGCUAUGCCAGGGGUAGGUUUUGCCUAGUGGAUUUUGUCAGGGGUGGGGUGGGGUGGGGUGGGGGUGAGGGUGGGGUAGAGGAGACUUCAUAGAUCUCUCCUCCUUGUGCACAUCAUCAAAGGGGUCAGUAAGACCCCUUGUCUGCCAUCAUCAAAGGGGUCAGUAAGAAGGUGAAACUGGAUGUUGUACCUGCCUAAAGUCAAAGUUAGGAGGGGGACCUGCAGGUCGGGUGUAGCCCUCAAAUACACAAAAUGACAAGGCACGUGCUACUUUUUUGAGAUGCAGAAGGGAGAUGGGCAUGGGAAGUGAUGGGGUGUUUUCCCUGGAGAAGGACACUAGCUACAGGUAGAGUUAGUUUUCCAUGUUUUUAAUGGUCAGAAGCAACGACUCCAUUUUUUUCUACAGGCAAGUCAUCCCCAUUGUCUGCUCUGUCCACUUUACAAGCUCCUAGAGGCUGGUCUCCAUGCCAGUAAGGUCAGUGGUACCUCUUCCACUGGCAGCAAUGAGCAGUGCAUGAGGCCCUGCACAUUUCAAGGUGCCUUCCCUGUUGCCCCUAAAUGCUGUCAGGCCAGCCAGUCUGUUCCAAGGCUUCUGGCAACCAUUUUGAAGCUGAGAUUUCCUGUGAGCUGGUGCCACCAAGUUGCAUGUUUAGUUGGGGAAACCAAAAGUAAAUGGAAAUGAAUGAAAAAUGCCCUGUGGUUUUACAUGGAGCCUGCUUGUGUCCUUGUGUGUUACCUAUUGGAAAAGUUAAGUUAAAGGAGAAGCUGGGGAUGGAUAAUGAUGAGAGAAUCCAAUGAACCUUGGAGGCUGACCUGUCUUUUCAGCCCCACAGAUGAUCCAUAAGGAUCAAUGUGAAGCCCCUGAAUGCAGCUGAGAAGGUAGAAUUUUAACCUGCCAUCAUUGUCCAUGUGAUGGAUAAAUACAGCUCCAGUUUAUGGGACUGCCAGUGGGGCACGUUUCACUGGCUCUAAAAGCACCAUGAGCCACCUUUGCAGCUGGUGUAAAUUAGGGGUGAAUCCAUUCACUUCACUGGAAAUACAUUUAUUUACACCACCUGAGUAUGGUGGCCUGAUGCCUAUUAUAGACGAGGUUGGCAGUGCUGCCUAUGAUUGAAGGUUGCCUGAUGCCCCUGUUUUCAGAUCCUGUUUGCAAGUGCCUAUGAUUUUACCCAGCUUUAACCAUCUGACCUAAAAUGUGCUUGCUGAGUAUCUGCCUCGGACUGAAUUCUCUUGAUAAAUUUCAAGCAGAAUGGUUUAGCCAUUUCUGAGAAUCAGGCAUGGGGAAAACAAAGUUGCUUUGCUCCCUUACAGAGAUUGGUGACCUUCUGAACAAUGGUGUCACCAGCCUACUUUGCACCAGGCACUUGACACUUGAUGGCCUUCAUGUCAGGGGUGUGCCUUUUGCCAUUGCCAUGAAGAACCUGCUCAGAUUUGUCCUUGUUACAGUGAAAAUCACAAUUUACACAUACUCAAUAUAAAUGUCUUUGGUUGCAGCAGCUAAAAUUGUCCAAAGAUAAUCUCUCUUUCUACGCUUGAGUCUCUCAGAAUGCACAUGCAGUAUUGACCCAGGGUGACUGAGUGUGCCCCAGCCCAGGGACACCAAGUCAAAGCUGGUCUGGAGUCUCCCAGGUGCUUUAGGCACUGGGACUAGGAACAAGGCAUCUGUCUCUCCUGUGUGCUGAAGGAUCACCUCUGGCAUUUAGCAUGGAGGAUGAAGCCAGUAGAUUAAAAGGCAGAGAGGACAAACAUGGGACUGGUGGGUAGGGAGGGGAGCAGACUGGGGCAUGCUUGGUGAGUGGGACUGGAGGGGUCAAACAACAUGGGAAAGGGACAGGAUAUUUCAGGGAGCCAGGGGAACUGGGAUCUGGAAACUGGAGUUGGAGAUUGGGAAUGAGGACACUGAAUGUCAGGUACUCAGAAAUUUACUAGACUCAAGGUUAACUCAGCACUUAAUUUUGCCCCUUUGUGCAGAUACAUUAGGAUGCCAGCUUUCCUUACAUGGCCACAUACCAUUUGUUCCCCUGGAACUGGUUUAUACCUGUAACAGAACAGAAGUUGGCUGAAACUGGCUUAAGAUAAACCUGAUUGGAUGUAGUAUUAGAUUUAAUUGAUUUAGGUCAACCCAGUUUAUGGAACUCCUGUCCCAGACCUAAGGGAACACCCCCCGCCCUGGGCAGGGGAUGAGGCAUGGGUCCUAUGAGAAGAACACGGUGGGAUCAGGUAAUUGGAGCCAGUACUGUAACAUGUCUGCAGUGAUGAUGAGUCAAAUGCAGGUUACACAAGGAACCAUAAGUCUUGCCUUAACUUUUGAGGGCUUGACUUAGCAGCUUUGAUAACAUUCUUGUUUUGUGUGUGCGUGUUGGAUAAAGACCUGGGUAGGCUCCCAGCCAUUUGAAUUAAGAGAUCUAAGACAAAGUUAUUCGGGGCAAAAAACAGAAGCAGAGCCAUUUAAGCUGCCUUCACAAGUAGAAACUUAAAGGGAGGCGCUAACGUUGGGUGGGUGUCAGCAUUGCCUGGCCAGCCUGUCCUAUGCACAAAUCUUUUAACUCUAGCUACCUGCUAUUUGACCUCAGACUAGGAAGCGCUGCAGCCUUUGGCACUCAUCUCUGGUCCUGCUCAAGCAGGCAGGGGAGUCAUCACUGGGCUAAAAUCAAUGGUUUCGUGUUGGGGUAUUUUUAAUUAUUAUUUAAAUUCCAGAAUCUGGAGUGUUUUGUGCCUUGACAAGUAUGUUUUAGAGAAUAUAAAUAAAUGCUUAGAUCUUUUUGGACAGAGUUUCCUGGGCCUGGUUUAUAUGAGGGAUUGGAGUGCGAAGCCCAGUAGACCUCCUUGUCAUCAGGCAGAGGCAUCUCCAGUCAUAGAAAGGCCUGAACUGUAUAAAUCAUUAACUGAAAGAAAGACACAUUUCUUAAACUCUACUGCAGUCCCACAGGAGGUCUUUUCUAAGGAGCAAGCUCUGUGCCGCAGCCCUGUCAGAUUCUGUGGGCAGCCUGUCUCUGGGGAAUUUAUCAGUCAAGUGCAAAGAAGGGCAAGUGUCUAAAUAUCUGGCAGAGCCAAACAUAGUCCAGGGAUUCCCAAUUCCAGGUCUCAAUGACCUCAUUUGCUGGCAGGGCCUUUUGGCCAUAGCGAGCAGGUCCCAUCCCUCAAAAAUAUCCUUUCCCAUGAGUUUUGGGUAGGAGAGGGUGUGCCAAAAUACUGACAACAAGAAACAUUUCAGAUUUAGGCAACCAAAAACUGAAAAUGGUAUCAGAAAAUAAGUUUAAAAAAUGGAAGUGAUUGGUUUAGGCAGCAUUUUUUUAAGUUAAGAAAUCUGAACACUUUUAAGGAUGAUUUAAAUGAAAAUGAAAACUUUUUCAAUUUUGUUCAAAUGUUUCAUGGGAAUAAAAGCCAUUUCCUAACCAA